GUGCCCACUGUAACAUACGGGGGACCCAGUGUCGACCCCGAGGAUCCUUCGCCCUUGUCCGCUAAAAUCACAGAAUCAAACGUCAUCCUUGAGUUCUUGGCGGACCUCUAUCCAGACUCUGGGCUCCUGCCGAAGGAUCUUGUUUCACGUGCCAAAGUCCGUUUCUUCAUUGAUGCGAGCACUAAACACGUCGAGAGCCCGCUUCACGACUUCCUCCGAGGGGACGGGUCAUAUGAGAAUGUCUUGAAGGGCAUUGAAUUUGUUCAGGGACUUCUCGAGGAGAGUGGGGAUUUCGCAGUUGGAGAUCAUUACACCAUUGCAGAUGCCUGCAUCUCUCCGCUCCUCACAAGGCUCAAGAUCAUCACCGAGACUGACCUAGGCCGAUUUCAUGUCGGUUUGGGUUUUAAGCUGGGCGAGGAGCUAAAGGGACCUAAAUUCAGUAAAUUCACGAAAUACGUCGACCAAAUACUGGAGCGCCCGAGCUUGAAGCGAAUCGAUGAUGAAGUACGUAUUUUCCCACUACCCUGGUAG